GUCCAAUCUGAAGGCUCAGAUGGAAAUAGCUCCAAAAUACGAGAGCAAACUUCCUAUAGUUCGUGUGGAGAAAGUGUUGCUAGUCAAAUCCAAAUCCAAAUCCAUCGUGAGGGACGAUGCUAUUUCACCAAGGAUCAUGUUUCUCAGCAGCAUCGACCAGCGAUUUGGAGCUUACCAGCGCAAUCUCCUUGUUUUCUCGGGCCCCGAAGAUCCCGAGGUGGUCUCUUCCGGGAUCAAGCACGCCAUGGAAGAACUUCUCGUGAGCCAUGAUUUCUUCUCCGGGAGGUUUCAGCGAAACCAUCUCACACAAAAGCUUGAGAUCCGCUGCGAUGACUCUGGGGCGAUCCUGGCUAGUGCUAGAGCUGAUCUCCGCCUCGAGGGCUUGCUCGCUUCCAUGGAUUCCAUCUCCCAUCUUUUCUUUUGCUUCCCAGUGGACGCUCGAUCGAUCGAAGAGCUCCCAAUGCUCACGAUCCAGGUGACUGGAUUGAGCGGCGACACUGGAUUUGCUAUCGGUGUGCUGUGCCAUCACGCCAUCACCGACGCUACCUCGGGGAUCAGUUUUCUCUCCAAUCUGGCAUCGAUUGCUCGCGGCGCUGGUCUCCUCUUCCAUCCCAACUCCGAUCGCAGCGUCUUCAAGGCCAGGCAUCCUCCCCAACCCAGCUUCCCCCACCAUGAAUUCAUCCAUCACCCAAAUCUGGAUUCCAGCCGCUAUGCGAUCACGCUGGAAUCCGCCAUUUGCGUCGGCGAGCGAUCCAAGAGAGCGUCAGGAGAGAUCAAGCGACGCAAGGCCUUUCAUUUCUCAUUUGAAACACUAACCCAUCUCAAGAACAGCGUGCUUCUAAGUGUACCGCGCGGUUGCACCACGUUUGAAGCGCUGGCGGCGUACGUCUGGCGGUAUGCCGCGCGGUACUCCAAGAAGGUGCCUGAGGAGACCUCGCGGCUUCGAUUCGUACUGGACAUCCGCCGCACGGUACAGCCGCCGCUAGACGCGACGUUCGUGGGGAACGCGAUCUACUGGGCUCACGCGGAGAUGACGCAGCGCGAUUUGGUGGGCGAGCCGCUGGGGGCGGCGGUGAUCGAGAUCCAGCGCGCGCGCGCGCAGAUCACCGACGAGUACCUGCGAUCCGGGUGGGAUUUCCUGGAAGAGAAUCGCAAUUUCUGGUACUCGUCGGGGAAUUGCGACGUGGGGAUCAACGCGUGGCCGCGCGCGAUGCUGGGCGCGCGGGAGCUGGAUUUCGGGUGGGGCAAGCCGUGCCGCGCGGUGUUCCCGCUCGAUCCAGAGACGAGCACCGUCAUGUUUGUGCCCGUGGAUGGCGGCAUCGAUGUCUCGCUCUGCCUCUUUCCACAUCAGUUGGAACAGUAUAGCGAUUUCAUGCCUACAUUCGCGAAGCAAUGAUAGCGAUUUCGUGCUCACAUUCGCGAAGCAAUGAUCUUGGUUGGCGCCCACCAUUCCCUAUGUUGUCUUGUCACGAACUUUCCUUCCAUAGAAGUUCUUGCAAGUAAGGUCUUUCCUGGUCCUCAAAGAACGCGGAAUCUGCUAUGCUGCCAGUGCUUGACACUGAAUCCUCCACUGAUCGAGAGUUAUCCUUGUGCGACUGAGAAGCGACUGAGAA